AUGUCUGAAAAACACAGAUAUUCCAGUUAACAAAAACUUCCAAUAUUAGAUAUGACAUAAACCAAUCGAUUUCUAACUGAAGGAUUUAAUAUUAAUGUAAUAUAUAUUAAACGAAAUAGAUUACAGUCUAAUCAGGUGAUGCUUAAUUUAUUAGUUUUCGAUCUUUAAAUGAAUUAAAUCCAAAAUAUGCUUUUCCAAUCAACUCAAUGGAUAACUCAUCAUAAUUAAACUAAACAAUAUAGAAUGAUUUAACAUAAAAUAAAAAAAUGAUCUUAAUGUUAGGAAAAACUCUAUACAAAUAAAAAAAUGAAUAUUAAGAAUAUUAAGAAAUUAUAAUGGUAAAAAUAUGAAUUUAAUUAGAAAAAAUAAAGAAUUGUUUCUAGAAUGCAAAAAUAAGUGAAAAAAGUUCCCUAAAGGAUAGAGCCUUUCAGCAAUGAUAAAUCAUCUAACGCUAUAUAAUUAAUUCCAAAAAAAAAGGUGACUUUUCCUUUGUAUUUUAAUGGAGCAUUUUUUUCUAAAUUAUAACAUAAUUGGAUACCUACAAUUAGAGAAAAUACAAUGGCAGCAGAUUAUUAAAAUAAAAUAUAUAUGUUUGGUGGAAUAGGAAGUGAAGUAUUGGGUGAUUUAAUUGAAUAUGAUAUAUAAACAGGUAAGUUUAGAGAAAUUAAAUAAAAUGGAGAUAUUCCUUUAAAUCGUUAUGGCCAUUGUUUACAUAGUAUUGGUUAUCCAAUAAAUCUAUCAACAUAAUUUUCUUAUGAUAAUCAAUAAUAUAAUUAAAUUAAUGGAAAACAAUUAAUAAUGUAUGGAGGAGAGAUGUAAUAUAAUUCAGCUUUAAGACUAAGAGAAAAUCUAAGUGAUACAAGAAUUUUUGAUUUAGAAACAUAAACAUGGUAAUUAUUAAAACCAAACACAGAGAAUAUUCCUGAAAGCAGAAGAUCAUUUGGUAGUUGUAUUGUAGGAAAAGGACUAAUAGUUAUGGGUGGUAUUAGAAGUCAAUUUUCUGUAUUUAAUGAUAUUCAUUAUUUGAAUUUAAGUAUUUUUACAUUUUUAAUAAGAUAUUUGCAAAUGGAUUUAAUUAGAUACUUAAAAAAAUCCAUUUAAUAAAGGUUUGGCAUUUUAACAAUUAGUUUGUAUUUAUAACAGACCAUAAAUAAUUUUUGAGAAAAAAGAUUUAAGAAGUAAACCAUAUAAAACACCUGAACAUGAGGGUAUUUACUGUUUUGGAGGAUGUUAUAUUGAUGAAAAUAAAAAUACAUAAUACUACAAUAAUUUCAUGGCAAUCUUAAAAUUAGACUAACCAAAUAAUUCUUGGAUUAUACCAGAAACAUUAGGUAAAUAGCCUGUUUCUAGAAUUCAGCAUACAGCAUCAUUUGUAUAAGAAAUGAAUAUAAUUAUUAUUUUUGGUGGUAGAGAUGAUGCUAGAAGUCAUCCUUAUUUUAAUGACUUAUUUGCAUAUAAAAUUUAUGAAAAGGAAUGGGUUUAAUUAGAAAUAUAUGGUUAUUUUCCAAGACCUAGAGCAUCUCAUUCUGCUGUAGCAUACAAAAGUUAAGUUUUAUUUUUUGGAGGUGUCAGUAUGAAUGGAUAUUUAGAAUUUUCAGUUAAUACUGCAGAAUUUAAUCAAAAUCAAAUUCGAUAAUUAUAAGCAGAAAUGAAAACCUAUGAACCUAUAACUAAUCUUCAAUCUCCUAAAGAAGAUUUUUAAAGACCAUCAAUUCUAAAUAAAUAGUACUUUUCUUUACAUUAAAUUACUCCUAUUUAAAAAAAUAAGUAAAUAAAUAAAGUAGAUGAAAUGAAUUAAUAAAUUUAAGAAUUGUCUUUUUCUAAAUUUCCAUUACAUCUUAAACGAACUUUAUGA